AUGUCGACCGGACGCAAGGUCUUCCACUGUGCCGUGGACGAGACGGCCCUGUCCACCAAUAUUAGCGAAAUCAAGAAAUGGACCGCUAAUGGUGCUAUCGAUCUUGUGGUUCCUCUCUACAGUGAGUAUCUGUUCAAGGGCGAUUCCAUCACUGCAGUGCUUGCCGGUCUAACCAUUAUCCUCCGAUUAGCACUUGAACGACUCCAUGCGCUGAAGCGAGCGGGAUCGCAGGUCGCCAUCAAUGCCCGCGAGGCAGUCCGUUUUCUUGACCGGGUCACUUCCGGUAAAGAUCACAUCGCCGCCGACCGAGUUCUACUCCAGGGCCCCAUGGAGCAAUAUGAGCGCUGGGAGGAGGCAGAGAAAUUCUUCCUGCCGGAAUUUGAAGAGGAGCCCGAGGUAAUUGACGAAGCAGCUACCAAUGGCGAACCGGCGAUCGAACCUAGCGCCGAUGAUACGUUGACCAAGAACGAGUCGGAUGAUUUGUCACAGAUGCUCUUGUCCAAGCUAAACUUCAAAAAGGACCCGGAGGCCGUCUCGAUCACCUCCGUCGGCACCCCCAGUGGACCUGGAUCGCGCACAUCCUCUCGCAGCUCCCGUACCAGCCCCGAGUGCGCCCAGCACGAGUCCAGCAAUGGAACAAAGAAUGACAGGACCAAGAGCAAGUCUUCCAACCACCAGCGCACCAUCUCCGGAACGGUCAUCCCGACCGCGCCGCCCGCUCUGCGCCCAUUGCUGAGCGCUCUGCUCUGGCGGUUGCAUACCGGUCCCGAUGCUGAGAACUCUGCCAAGACGUGCAUCCUCAUCUCCAAUGACCGUGCGACCCAGGUGUGGGCUCAGAAGUUUGGCAUUGGUGUCAAGAACAUUCUCCAGUUACGCACGGCUAUCCAGUACGAGGAGCGUGAGUACAAAAACCGCUGCAAAUAUGUCGAGAAAACCCAGACCCAACCCGCCGAGCCGAAGACAUUGUUGUCCUACGAAGAAGAGAGCGACGAAGAUGAGUUGCGAAAGGCUGCCCCCAAGGCUGCGCCACCUCCUGUUGAGCCUACUGCUACCGUGGAAGUUCCUACCAAGCCCAUCGACCCGGACUCUUUCAGCCGAUCUCUGGGUGGUGCAACCAAGCCGCCCACUGUAGACGCGAGCGUCCAACAGGGUACCGCCGGUGCCACCGGUGCGCCCCGCGGCAACGCUGGAGCCUCUCGCCGCUCAUCUAAUGGUCGCCGUGGUGGAUCCUCGCGCGGUGCACGAGGUAAUGGUCGUGGCCGUGGUAAGCUCUGGGUUCCUUGA